AAAGAAAAAACAUACACGAUGCGGCUUUCGUCAAGCUCGGUUUCUCGUCUCCCCCAUUCCUCUCUCCGGUCUCCAGCCAAAGAAGCCCUCCCGAUCUGAACUCCGGCCACCACCUGCAGCGCGAGGGAGCUCCGGACGCCUCCCCGCACCAUCCUCCUUGCUUCGCUUCCCCGCUGCAGGCGGCAGAGUCAUCCCGCCGCACCGGCCGGCCGCGACGCAGCCGGUGCCCUCAUCCGCUUCGGGAGCCCGGGAACUUCGCCGUCCUCCCCCCACGCCGGAGAGAGACUCGUGCGGCCGCGAAAGGCUGAAGGGGGCUCGCGGUGGAGCGGGAGCAGACGCCGGCCGGCCGGCUGCUACGGGCAAGAACAGCACUGCAACAUCACCCAUACCUGCUUGUCAAUCAAGUGACAUGGAGGCCGAAAACAGCAAGGUGGCUGCUCUGGUCGAGAAGAUCACCAGUCUCCACGCUGCCAUCUCCAAGCUCCCGUCGCUAAGCCCGUCCCCUCAAGUCGACGCGCUCUUCACCGAGCUGGUCGCGGCGUGCGUCCCAUCUAGCCCGGUGGACGUGACCAAGCUCGGCCCGGAGGCGCAGGAGAUGCGGCAGGACCUCAUCCGCCUCUGCUCGGCCGCCGAGGGGCUGCUCGAGGCGCACUACUCCGACAUGCUCACCGCCUUGGACAACCCGCUCGACCACCUCGGCCGCUUCCCUUACUUCGACAACUACAUCAACCUGAGCAAGCUCGAGCACGACCUUCUGGCCGGUCACGUGGCAGCCCCGGCCCGCGUGGCGUUCAUCGGGUCGGGACCGCUGCCAUUCAGCUCGCUCUUCCUCGCGACGUACCACCUGCCGGACACCCGGUUCGACAACUACGACCGGUGCAGCGUGGCCAAUGGCCGGGCGAUGAAGCUGGUUCGCGCGGCGGAUGAGGACGUGCGCUCUCGCAUGGUGUUCCACACAGCCGAAGUCGCGGACCUCACGUCUGAGCUCGGUGCGUAUGAUGUGGUCUUCCUGGCGGCGCUCGUGGGAAUGACGUCUGAGGAGAAGGCCGAUGCCGUAGCGCACUUGGGGAAGCACAUGGCAGAUGGGGCGGUGCUCGUCGCGCGAAGUGCGCACGGGGCACGAGCGUUCCUGUAUCCUGUAGUGGAGCUGGAUGAUAUCGGGCGCGGCGGGUUCCAAGUGCUGGCCGUGCACCACCCUGCAGGCGAUGAGGUGUUCAACUCAUUCAUUGUUGCACGGAAGGUGAUUUGUCGUGGUUUGGUGAUCUUUUUGCAAUAUUUGGUGAAAAUGAAGAGCAGAAUCUGAGCUGAAAGAAGCAUGUCCGGCAUUACGCAGAGGAUGGAUGGGCACACGGUUGCUUCCCCUCGAGCCGCGUGGAGUCUCAUGUGGCUCUCCCGCGUCUCGAGCACGGCCAUGAUGAUCAAGACGGAGAGCGUCGCCUCUUGGUACCGGGGGCUGCUCUCUCUUGUAGUGGCCGGAUUCGAGUAGGAAGCGAUCCCUGCAGGUGAUUCCUCGGACUGAAGUUUCUUCAUCGAGCCAUUGGACGAAGGCAAGCAAGACGGCUCUGAGUUUCUCUACGGGCCUGCCAAUCAUGCUGCCGCGUCAGCGCGUCUUGCUUUGUGUCAGCCCAUCAAUGUUUGAGCAAGAAACAUGCUAGGAAAGAUUGUGUGGUGAGAAGGAAUGGUGGAAUCCGAAUCAGAGGGAAGCAUGUUACGCGGCACGACAGAGAUAGAUUGAUUGAUGGUUGCUUCAUCUCGAGCCGCGCAAAUCCCUUCUAGCACGGCCGAGAUGAUGGAAACGGAGCAGGGUAGUUGCUUGGGUUAGCAGUAUUCGGCUGUUUGUUUCCUUGGUACUGAAAUGCUGUCAAGCAUCUAGCUUAGCUUUUGUGCUUGUGUACUUGUAUCGAUCGAUGCAACCAGUCCCUAACAUGUGUGUAAACCAGGGUUUUGGUUACCGCUUGAAAUUUCGAGAUUUACCAUGGUUAUUGCA